AUGAGAAACCUGAGGGUCUGGGGUCGGAGCCUCAGAUCUUGCACUGGCAGCAAAUUGGGACACAGCAGCCGGACUGGGAGCAGCAGGGUUUGCAGCAGCUGGACUGGGAGCAGCAGGGUUUGCAGCAGCUGGACUGGGAGCAGCAGGGCUGGCAGCAGCUGGACUGGGAGCAGCAGGACUGGCAGCAACUGGACUGGCCACAAAUGGGGACACAGCAGCUGGACUGGGAGCAGCCACAGGAGCCACAGCCCCCCUUGCAGCCCCCACAGGAGCCACAGCCUCCCUUGCAGCCCCCGGAGGAGCCACAGUCCCCCUUACAGCCCCCACAGGAGCCACAGCCCCCUUUGCCACAGCUGGCGCAGGAACAGGCUGGCACAUAGGAGCACACGGGCUUGUAGCAGCAAACGGGCACACAGCAUCCAGAGCUGCAGCCCCCACAGCCAGAGCCGCAGCCCCCACAGCCGGAGCCGCAGCCCCCGCAGCCUCCGGAGAAGCCAGAGCAGCCCAUGGUCCUGGGAAAUCUCCCUCCUCUUCCUCUGCAUCUGUCAGUCCCUAGCUUUGACCCUGGUCCUGCUAAGGGAUCCUUAG